UGAAGCGAACACUCGUCCUCCGGUAUGUAGCUGCAGCUAUCACACGGCAAGUCAGGUCAGGUGUUUCUUACAAUGUUUUUGUUAGCUUUAAAGGUCAAGGUAAAAUAUAAUAAAGCAAAUAUGGAUCGGUGUAAGUCACAAUGAAGACCUUGCCCUGUUAGUGGUAAGAGAGUAAUGUUUGUACCUUUAGCCGAGCUGCUAGCUUGCUAGCUACUAGCCAAAAGUUUAUAUUUCAUGUUGAAGCAAUUGAAUGCAGUCAUUGUUAUAACUCCAAUACACCGACAAAAAAGUUUAAAUUGCCGUAUUCGUUGAAGUUAUGAGGGAGCUUUUGAAAAAGCUUCAUUGCAUAUUUGUAAAAAUCGCGCUGUUUCCGAGCACUUUCGGCCAUUCGGCGCCUCGUCCCGCCGCCUCGGAGGUGCUCACCUGCCACCUACAGCAGAGGAAGCUCCCGCCGUGGACAUCUUACUGUGUCCGCUACUCUGCCGUCCAUAAUGACCAGUUUGGACUGUCGAACUUCAACUGGAGCGUCCAGGGAUCCAACUACCAUGUACUGCGAACUGGCUGCUUCCCCUUCAUAAAGUACCACUGUACUAAAGCAUCUCCACAGAACCUGGACUUCGAGGAUAGGUUUUUCACCAUGCUCAAAGUUAUCAACCUAGGUAUUCCCUGUUUGGCCUAUGGAAUCGGUUGCUGGAUGGUUGUGGGUGCUGCUGAAACGGUCCACACAAGCAUUGGUCCUGUCACGGUCUAUUUUGCCUACAAGGAAGAAAAAGGUGCACAGUAUUAAGCCAAAUCAUGCAAGAUAAUUUCAUGUGCUUUAUUUCUAUGUACCACAAAGUUGGCAAGAGUUUCAUUUUGAGGCUGUAUUGGUCUUUGUUGUCGAAUUAUUAAAUUUUCAAGUGG